CUUUUUUCAUACGCUGAAAAUAUACAAUUUCAAACAUUGUAAAACGAUAGUGCAGAUAUCUCUCUAAACAUCCAGCCAACCUAGUUUGAAUAUAAAAGAUAAGAAAAAUGCAACGCUAAAAUUUACAUUGUGGCUGGUCACGUGUUUCGGGCUAGUUAAGACUGUAAAGAAUUCCAGACGGGUAGAGUGGGGGUCUGAGGGGGCUCUGCUCCUCGUCUAUAAUUGUGUUUCACCAUUUCUCCUGUGCUCUAGUUACCAGUAAGGCGUCAUUUCAGCGUAUUAUUUUAAACAUCGAGCAUACAAGAAUCAACUAACACGCAUUAUCGCAAUGCUGGUCUGGAUACUGCUUGCAGCCACCUUCUCUGUUGAUGGCCUGCGGAUAGAGAACCGGACGCAGCUGGCCUACGGGCGGGAUCUAGUGAUCCCGCUCUCCCGGCGGGCGGCGGUGCUGUACUUCUCCCCGCUGGACACACAGUUUGCCCCCGUGGCGGUGUGGAACGUCCAGGACCCGGGGGCCAGCCAGUGGAGAACCGGCCGCUCUGACGGCAGGCGCUGGAUGCUGGAGGGCGUGACCUACGAGGACCAGGGGAAGUACACGCAGCACGACAUCACCAACCACAUCCUGUCCUCCGUCAUUCUCACCGUCAGAGAGGAGCGUCAGUAUUUGGACCGCCAUGUGAACGGCUCGAUGAGCAUCCCGCUGCGUGUGCCGCUGGCUGACGUGGGGCUGUCCUUCAGGCCGGAGGGCAUGGAGGAGAACUUCAGCCUGGUGCGGCUGGGGAAGCUGGACACCACGGACUCCACCUACCAGGACCGGCUCCAGCUGGGCCUGACCAGGAUCGUCCUGGAGGAACUGAACCUGCAGGACAGUGGGCAGUAUGAGCUGCGCGACCGACACCUCAACCUGGUGUCCAGCACCCGGCUGCGAGUCAGCGACUCUGAGGACACGUCAGGGAACCCCUACCUGGGCCUGCUGGCCCUGCUGGGCGUGGGGGGGGGCAUCUUCUGCUGCGUGAGGAAGAAGAAGUGCUGCAAGAAGAAGAGCCCCCAUAUUCAGGGAGAGGCGCAAUCCCCUGACCAGCCCAACGGAGAGGGCCAGGUUUUCUAUCAUCCAACUCCCAAUGAUCCCAGCAAUGCAAACUGGACUGACCCAUCAGGACCACCCCCGAACUGGACUGAUCCAGCUGGUCCUCCACCGAACUGGGCCGGACCAGGUGGACCACCACAGAACUGGACCGGCCCGGCUGGUCCUCCACCAAACUGGGCUGGACCAGGUGGACCACCACAGAACUGGACCGGCCCGGCUGGUCCUCCACCAAACUGGGCUGGACCGGCUGGUCCUCCACAGAACUGGGUCGGACCACAGCAACCAUACUAUGGCCCAAAUCCCCCCAGUGUGCCCAGCAUGUACCCCCCACCGAGCCCUGGACCCCAGCCCCAGUGGAACCCAGGCUAUCAGACUGCGGGUUAUACCCCUGUGAUGUACAGUGCACCUCCCACUGCUUCAGAGCCAGUGAAGGAGGACCAGAAAGAAGCAACAACUCCUGACACCCAGACUGCUGCUAACACUGAGACUGCUGCUAACACUGAGGACUCGGAUGGGACCCAGAAGCCCCCGUCUUCUCCCCUCCCUGUGAGCUCAGACUGUCUGCACUCCUCAGCCCAGGGCAUCCAGUUCCAGAUCGACAAAGGGGACAGGACAAAAGACUCCAGUACCCACAAUCCCCUGGGCAGCGGAACCUCAGAGACCGCCAACUUCCUGUAGAGCAUCACUUCCUGUGUGCCGUUCUUUGAGGGCCACAAUCCCGGGUUCUCUGCCACUUCCUGCUACCUGGAGACCCUGGAUCGUGACUGCUUUCUGGCCUACUGUUGAGUAUACUGUAUACAUCGAGUGCACUGGAUGAGGAAGUUGAGGCGAUAUUAAAUGUAGUGUACCUUAAAAUCCCAUCAUGAUAAAUGCAAUCCCUCAGUGUGGCCACCCCUGAAACAGUCUCCUGACUACUGUGUCCUCUAAAUAUGUACGGUCCACCAAACACACUGCAGGCUGUCUCAUAUUCUCCGCACUACAUUCAACGGUGCUGCGGAAGUGUCGUAAGAAAUGAAAAGCCACCCACCUCUUCCUCUCUGAUUUAUUGGACUGUGAUUGGACCCAAAGAUCCUCAGUUCCUCUCUGAUUUAUAGGACUGUGAUUGGACCCAAAGAUCCUCAGUUCCUCUCUGAUGGACCCCCCAAGAAGUAUGGAUUACUUCCUGAAAAGUGUGCUUACUACACAAAAAAAGAGAAGCUAAACCCUGGUAAUAUACACUCAGUGAGCACUUUAUUAGGUAUUUAUUACUUAUUUUUUAGACUUAUUGGGUCUUCUGCUGCUGUAGCCUAUCCACUUCGAGUUAUGAUGCGCUGUGUGUUCAGAGAUACUCUUCUGCACACCACUGUUGUAAUGUGUGGUUAUUUGCGUUACUGUCACCUUCGACCGGUCUGGCCAUUCUCCUCUGACCUCUCUCAUUAACAACACGCUUCUAUCUGCAGAACUGCUGCUCACUGGAUGUUUUUAGUUUUUCGCACAAUUCUGAGUAAAGUCUAGAGACUGUUGUGCAUGAAAAUCCCUGGAGAUCAGCAGUUACAGAGAGUCAAACCAGCCCGUCUGGUACCAACAAUCAUGCUACGGUCUUAUAAUCUGCAUGAUUUUAUGACUGCACUGCUGUCCCACGCUUGGCUGAUUAGAUAAUUGCAUGAAUAAGUUGGCGUUCCUAAUAAAGUGCUCAGUGAGUGUAUAUAUCUUGGCAGAUUUUAAGUCCACUACACCGAGUGAACAUUUCACCAGCUUAACUUUCUCAUCCAGCGUAUUCACGGUCUGUUGUCGGGAGCACAUCACAUACUGAUAUAAGCUAGCGGUAUGUCUCGUAGACGGUGCGUAGUUUUAGGACACGGCUGAGAUAACCGGCCUCCUCUCCCCUCUCUCCUGGCUCAACGCUUCUUUUCAAACACUUUAACGGCAAACUGAAACAGAAGUUAGAGCAGCAGUAUACAGAAGGAAAUGCACAAGUAUUGCAAUUUUAUAAAUUGUUUUGGAAUAUAUGGUUAUGAAGAAUUGACUAAAUUGAGGGAAAAGUGAAUUUUGAUUUCAGCUUGUCUUUAACGUAAAAUUCCUGCAGGAUUACUUACAAUUUUAAGAGACAUAUAUUUUCGUCAAUGUCCUGAAGAUGGUUCUUGUUUCACGUGAUUCAUACGUUUAAGAUGCUUUGUUCACAAUUCUCAAAUGCAAAAUUCUUUAAAGUCUAGAUACUGGAAAACGUGAAUUUUCUUGGAAUCAUAUCAUUGAAGUGAAAAGGUUUGUAAUAACCCAAACGUACGUGUCUGUAAACACUCUCUGAUCCUGCGGGACUGUACAGGUGCCAGAAGCACAGCCAGGUGAGCAGGGAGCGGAAUUCUGCCGGAGGUCUUAAGGUCUGUAGGUCUGUAGGUCUGUAGGACUGGAGGACUGGGGGUCUCGGGGUCUGAAGGUCUGGAGGUCUGGGGGACUGGCCCCCAGUCGUGGGGGAGGAGUUUAGU